UGUUAUCGAAAACUAAAAACUGUGUUAAUAUUAUAAUAAACUGAGCCAAGUGAAUGAAAUGCAAAUAUAUGCGAAAACAAAUAUAAUCAGCAUAUAGAUAAUCAAAAGAAUUUGGAAAGGAUAUUGCUGAGCAUACAACUUCAGAAUAGAGAUACGUGGAUGCUAUCUAGCGUCUCGCAGCAGUUUUGAGGUGCGACACGUGACUUUUGGGGCUGAGCGCAGCUGUAGGUGUACGGGGCAUGUUAAAGGACGCCGAGGAGCUGAUAAAACGCUGCAAACUGACGUCGCUGCCGCUGGCGCUGCAUAUGAACGAGUUUGGCCGCCAGGUGGCGCCAGCGCCGCUUGCGUUGCCGCUGCUAGCAAAGCCACCAACAACGCCUCCGGGCAUGGUCACGGGCACGAACGGAGCGGGCGCGGAUCAUCAUCAGCAUCAUACGCAUCAUCAGAUGCCAAUGCCGCUGCCAAUGCCGAUGCCGGCGCCUUCGACGCACAGCCACGCCCAUGCAUCAAUGCACACAACACCGCCCACAACGCCUCCCACGCCGCCAGCUCUGCCGCUGAACAUGAGCCAAUCGGCGACCACAACGGCAACCACUACGGCCACAGCAGCAGCCGCAGUGGCGGCCACAACGACGCACAGUCCACCUGCCACGCCCACAGCGGUUAGCGCCUCCCUGGCGGCCACACAGGAUCAUUAUAGCCUGCGCUGGAACAACCAUCAGAAUCACAUAUUGCGCGCCUUCGACGCCCUGCUGCAGACCAAGACCCUGGUGGAUGUGACCCUCGUCUGCGCGGAGACCUCAAUACGGGCCCACAAAAUGGUUCUGUCCGCCUGCUCGCCCUUCUUCCAGCGCGUCUUCGCCGAGACGCCCUGCAAGCACCCGGUGAUCGUGCUGAAGGACUUUCGCGGCUGGGUCGUUCAGGCCAUUGUGGACUUCAUGUACCGCGGCGAGAUCAGCGUGCCCCAGCAGCGCCUCCAGACUCUCAUCCAGGCGGGCGAGUCGCUGCAGGUGCGCGGCCUUGUCGAGAGCUCCGUGCCGGAGCACACGCCCACGCCGGCUGCCUCGCCCGACGACUUCAACCUGCUGGACGCCUCCUCACUGCUCUCCUCCAGCUACGAGGACGAGUCGCCCUCGAUGGUCAGGCCAGCAUCUGGCAAGCUGAUUAUGCCCAGCCGGCUCUUUGGCAAUCCGGCCAGCGCCAUGGCGGCGCUUAGUCUGCGCCGCAAGCGGGAACAGGAGUGCGAUCGGGAGCCGGAGAGCGAUCAAGAGCUGGGUGGCAGUUCGCCCAUGCCGCGACGCAAGCAGGCGCGUCCACGGCGACGCUCGGGCGAUGUUCCACACGACUUUGCGCUCAACAAACCGGAGUCAUCGGAGACGGCGGCGCUGCAAACUGUGAUCAAACAUGAGCUGCGGGAGGAGCAGGAGCAGGAGCCGGAACAGGAGCAGAGCGAGAAGCGUUCCACAGCGGACGAGGUCAUUCCCAUGGAGCAGGAUGAGCAGCAGUCCCAGCAAACAAAUGAGCCCGAAGAUGAAGCCGAGCAGCGAGAGCCGGGCGGGCACAGGGAACCGCAGCAGGAGCGCGCGUUACCCCUCAUUACGCCCGGCAGCAGCAAUCAUCAGGCAGAACAGGAGCUCGAUGAGGAAGAGGACGAGGAUCAGGAGCGGGAGCACGAGCACGAGCACGAGCGAGAGCAGGAGGAGCAUGAGCACGAGCACGAGCACGUUCACGACCAUGAUCAAGAUGCGGAUGAGGACGAGGACGAGGAGCAGGACAUCGAAGAGCUUAUACACACGACCAACGAGCUGCGGCGACAGGCGGCAGUUGCCGCCGCCAAUGCGGCUGCCAUGUCGCCCUGUCCCAGCGACGGGCCCGAGGAUCUGUGCACCACCAAAAAGGACAAGCAGGACACCAGCCAUGCGCACUCCUCGGACGGCGAGAGCAACAACAACAACAACAACAAUAACAGCAGCAAGCUGCAGGACAACAACCAACGCAUCAUGUUGUCCCUGAAGGACAUCAGACAGCUGAACGCGAAGCCCAGCGCCACAUCGACGCCCAGCCACACGCCCAACAGCAGCUGCGCGCCGGGCAACAAUGGACUUUUAUCCUUUCCGCCGCCAGGUAUGCGUCCGCACGGCCUGCCCGAUAGCCCGCCCUGCCACAUGGAGGCGCUGGAGGCGCAAAUGCACGCCGCGGCCGCUGCCGCCGUAGCCGCAGCAGGCGCCGGCGAGAAUCCGUUUCAUCACAUGGAACACCAAAUGGAAAUGUCGCUGGCCGCGGCCGCCGCAGCGGCGGCCAUGCACCAGCGUGAUCCGCGCGAUCUCCGGGAGAGCCGGGAGCAGGCGCUGCAGCGGGAGCACAAUGCAUUCGCCAGCAAUCUUCUGGGGCCCAUGGGACUGCCGCCCUUCGGUGGACACAACGGGGCGCCGGGUUCGGGCUGUCCGGGCCAGGCGCCGCACGAACGGCUCGAGGAGAGCAUGAAUCGGCUAAGCAAGGAGUUUGGUAAGGAGUUCGGCAAGGAGUUUGGCAAGGAGUUUGGCAAAGACUUUGGCAAGGACUUUUGCAAGGAGUUCGCGCCCACCUCGCCCAUGAGCCUGCCUGGCCACUAUAAUCCACAGGACGGACAGCCGCAUCCGCCGUCGCCGCUGCCCUUUCCCGGCAUGUCCUCGGCGUUGACGCUAACGCCGCCGCACAUGUUUGGCCUGGACUCGCCGCUUGGCCUAUUUCCGCCCGGCAUUGAUCCUGGCAAACUCUACAAUCCGCUAAUGGAAAUGAGCGAUCCACGCGAUAUGCCCGGCGGUCCGCCGCCGUUUCUCAAAAAGAAAAUGCCACGUCCCAAGGGACAGCAUUCGGCGCCACGCGGCGGUCCACCGCGCUCGUGGACCAACACGGAGCUAACGGAGGCACUGCAGCACGUGUGGAACAAGAAGAUGACCACGUCGCAGGCCUCGCGCAUCUUCGGCAUACCCUACAACUCGCUCCUCAUGUACGUGCGGGGCAAGUAUGGCAAGAGUCUGAAGCUGGAGCAGCUGCGCAAGGACUGCAUCAGCGGACCGCCCAUCGAGAUGCUGCAGAUGGGCAUCAGCGGCGGCGGAGGCAGCUCCAAGAGCGAGAAGAAGGAGCGCAAGGAAAAGGACAAGGAGAAGAAUGCCAAUGCCAAUUCGGGCGCCAACAAUGGCUCUUCCGGUGGCAACGGCAAUGGUAAUGGUGGUGGCGGUGGUGGUCCGCCCAUGCCACAUCCCAGCGAUUUGGCUGGACUGGGUCCGCUCGACUUGGAGCUGGGCUUGCCGCUGGGUCCGCCCGCUGGUCCGCGCAGCGGCAGCUCCGAGCCAGAUCUGCUGGGCGGACCCAAUGCACUGUUCAAUCCCUUCAAUCCGCAAGGCUUCUAUCCGGACUUUUCCGGCGGCUUUCCGGGCCUGCCGCUCAGCAUGCUGAACCUGCUGCCGCCAGCGGAGCGCCACCAUGCGGCGGUGGCCAUGCACCAUCUGGGCGUCAGCAUGGACGAGGACUGCAAGUCGGUGGGCUCUAAGCAGUCCUCCUCGCUGGACGAUGACUUCGCCGCCGGCCUGCCGCUGGCCCUGGAGCAGCGCCGCCACAGCGAGCUGUCCAGUAAUGGGGCGACGCUGGCGCAGGCGAAUGGCGGGGCGCAGGAUUGAAAUAUGUGGCGGGAUUGGGCUGCCAACCCAAUGUUCUUCCCGCCCUACGAGCUGGAUGCGGCUGCAGCUGCGCACUCGCACUCGCACUCGUCCCCACCCCCGCCGCCGCCACCCCCGCACCACGGCUGUCGCGACU